AACAAUUUCGAAGUUUCGUUAGACUGCCUGGGCGGUUUCGCACUGACAAGAAGAAAAUAUUUAAGCAGGACAUUGGGUUACGGUUCGGAGCCCGAGCGCGUCCAGUAGCUCGUUCACUAGGUCCUGCAACUUUUUUUUAAUGGCAACUGUCAAAAACAGUGCGCGAAGUUGUAUGGGAUUUCGGCAUUUUGUUACGAUCGGUGGACCCGUACUCUAAUCCAUGCAGCGUCAAUAUUGGCUAGAAUAGGAUAUACUCCUUGACGCACACUCGCCUUCGCCACUCCUCUUUCAGGAGUGUAAGUAAAGGCUCCUAGACUACAGUCUAGUUUAGCAAAGGUUAAUUUUGCAGUAUCGUCAUUUAUGAACAAAACACGUGCAGCACGUGGGUACUGGCUAUACCAAAAUGCGAAAGGAACAAAGCUUCCGGUCCUGCCUUAUAACUGUAGUACAGUUAAGGUUGGCAUUCGAUGGGCCUCGUGAAAGUUUGAUGCUUGUUCGAAAUUUACCAACAGAGUGGUAAAUUUCAGAAACGAACUAUCGAAGUAAGGAGACCGCUACACAGGAAGCACACAAUUACGUAGACAAAUGCGCUGUUCUAGAAUUACUGGAUUUCACUUGCCAUAAUGCGAUCUCACAAUGCAAAUACGGUUCACUGUAGAACAGUAAGAUGGAUUCACUUUGGGAGGACGUAAGCAGUUCUAGUAGUCGGAACGGAGAUCAAGCAAGCGACAGUGGGUCUGAAUCGUCCAAGAUCUCAUCAAUUUCAGGAGUGUACUCGGAUCUCUCCGAUUUUGACUUUGACAUUUUGGAGAACGAGGUGACUGUAAAUCAAGACAAAGUACACGAAUAUGUAACAGUGGGCACUGAAGAAGUAGGAUCAUCCCCAGAGCCCGAUUGGACAAUAUGUGAUACCUCGCCACCUCCUGAAUCAGUAACAUGUGAGCAGGUUUCUGCCAGCGAACCUCGAAGCGCCCCCCGAGUGACAUACUCCGAUCGAAACACACAUAAUUUUGUCCCAGUUAACGUUAGUGAGCCGUUUUACAGUAGCUUAACAGCGACUGAUGACAUUGAAAUCGAAGCCUCCACAAGCUUGUCUAUACAAACAAACAUAGAAGAUACGGAUUAUCGAUUCGUUCUACAACCGCAGGAUUUGCGCGAGAAUCCAGAACCAUUACCGCGGACUGAAAUGCCCGUACGCUUACCUGAUAUAGUCGAUCAGGACGACAGUGGCGUCAGAUCGCCUUGCAGUGAAGCGACCGCAGCAAAAGGCUCGCUAAAAUCGCUUGACCAGUACUGCGCGCAAACAGCGAUCGAAGAGAAUUGCUUCAAGCGACCCCCGAAAAAAACAAAGGCUUUGCUAAAGCGUCAUAAAUUAUCCAAGCAUAGUAAAAAGAAAGGUGAAAAACAUCUUGUUAGCAAUGACUUCGAUUGGGAUUCACAAAUGACAGAAACCUGCCGUCAUAUGAAAUCUUACGCUGAGUUAGCACCUCAGACAGAGUGUAGAACACGAGACUUUGCUUCGGGUGAUACCACAGCGACAUCUCGACGCAGUGGUAAAAAGAAGAUUAGAAGUUGUCUGAAAGAGUUCGGUGCUUCAGUGGAAGGCGAGCACUUUGAUGUGAUGCGUCUGCAUUCUUGGACUACACGACAAGAACUAGAGGAAGCAGUUCAAGACCAUAUGGAUUUUGUCGUAAGACUUCGCAGACAGCAAGAGAACGAUAGGCCCUAUUCUGCAGAAAACGCUCUUCAACAGUUGCGGAGCCUCGGCGUAAUUAUUCCGGCUGGACGAGGACGGUAGCCUAAUUAGCAGGCCUGUAUAGGCCUAUGAACUUUGUAUGAAAAGGCCUGGUAGAAUUACGGCUCUUCUAAGUAGCGGCUCGAUUUUUUUUAUUGUAAACAUUUCAUAUUAUCUGUGGAUAGCAUUAGCCUCAAGUGGCUUUACUUGAAAAGCCAGUUCCCAGAUGUGUAUAGCAAUAAAGUAGUGACCCUGUAGACAAUAAUCAUCUACAGAUAUCAUUGAAUAUUUUUCGUACGCUUGACUUUUAUAGUGAGCGAUGGAGAGAAAUCAAACGACUUUUCUUUUUACCUUGCCAGACUAACCAGUACAAGGGUGAAUGUAAUGUUGAUAUUAACAUAGCUGUUUUUGGGUGAAUCUCUCGUUCACGUGUCUGCUAAAGAUGUUAGUAGCCAACUGAGUACUAGACGUAUGAUCGGAGAGGUUGCGAUCGGACACCUGUCGUCGUGAUCAGAGGCAAAGUAUAAGAUGUAAACGUAGGAGAUGAAUGGAAGACGACCUGAGCAAGCUAAAAAGAGGAGAUCGGCAAAACGCAAAUUUCUACUACAUGUAUAUAUAUCAAAGCACCGAGUAAAUGCUUUUUUUUUUUAAAGCAAAGCUGUAAUUUUCAUAUGACGUCGUUUCAAGUCGAAUGUUGGAAUUACGUUUGCCGCAAUUCGACAAAGAUAUAGCCGACAAGAUGUGACACGCAGACUCUUAUAGACUCUGAAGCCUAUAUAGUCCUUGAACACGUUAAAUACUCAACCACCGCCUCAAAAUUUAAGCUAGUCUAACAAAUAAAGUUGACUAAAUUUUUUUUAUUAAAAUUGUU